AUGUGGUCGAAGAUUGAAGACCUUCCAAGCGGCCAUCCAGAGCACGAAGACAACCAGGACCUGCCUGGAUAUAUCUUCCCUCUCGAUCUCCCUCCCACCCCAUCGCCGCCGCCAUCCCCGUCCAACGACUCCCUCACAAGGGAGAAUUUAAGAAUUCUCCAAGAACAACUCAGUGUAGUUGUGAACGAAUUCGAUUUCAGCGACGCCAUGGCUUCCGACAAGGCUACCAACGGUAGCGACCCUGUCGACGAUCCUACCGGCGAGUAUGCCUUUCUGAAUAAGCUCAUACUGCGGAUGGACCGACACCUCGUCUUUCCUUUACUUGAACAUAAGCUCGGGUCCGAAGACAUCUCGCAAGAACGUUACGAUGACCUCAAACAGGCCAUCUACCAGCUUCUCAAAAACACCAACAUGAUUGACUACGUGGGCAAUCUCUACAAGGAAAUCUACAAAACGGAUACCAUUCCUCCAGACUACGUGAAGAAGAGAGAGGAAGUGUUGAGUCAGCUGGCAAAAUUCGAAGAGGAAUCCGCGCACCUGACAAACCUGCUGAACGAUGAAUCAGUCACCUCGCAACUGCGCAGUGACAAGGUCGCCAAUCUGAAGUUCCUUGAAGAGCAACACGGCGUCACACAGCAGAUGGUCGACAACCUCUAUGAUUUCGGCAGAUUCCGAUACCAGUGCGGUCUCUACCCCGAAGCCGCUGACUUGCUUUACCGUUUCCGUGUCCUUUCCACUGACAAUGACAAAGUCGUCAAGGCCACCUGGGGCAAGUUGGUCUGCGAAAUUCUGGGUGAGGAAUGGGAGAAUGCGCUUGAAGAGGUUGAAAAGGUCAAGGAACAUAUCGAGACGCGUCUGUUCAACAAUCCCCGUGCACAACUCACAGCACGCGAAGCCCUGGUUCAUUACGCCCUCUUCCCUUUCUUCAACUACGAGCCUGCUCGUGAAAAGCUGACAGAAAUGUACUUCUCCCCGCCAUACAUCUCGUCUGUCCAAACUGUUUGUCCCUGGAUUCUCCGUUACCUCGCAGCAGCAGUCAUCACCAAUCGCGCCCGCAUGAACAACUCACACAACUACCAGAAACAGGUCAAGGAUCUUGUCCGAGUCGUGAAACAGGAAGUCUACGAAUAUCAAGACCCAGUGACAGAGUUUGUCAAGGCUCUCUACGUUGACUUUGACUUUGAAGGCGCACAGAAGAAGUUGUCUGAAGCUGAGGCCAUACUGAGAGGGGAUUUCUUCUUGGGAAGCUCGACUGAUGCAUUCAUGGAGAGCGCAAGACAUCAUAUCUCGGAAAGCUAUUGCAAAAUCCACCAGAGAAUUGAUAUCAAGGACCUCUCCACCCGCCUGGGUCUCUCUCCUAGCGAAGGUGAGAAAUGGAUUGUCAACCUCAUCCGCGACACAAAAGUGGACGCAAAGAUCGACUACCAGGCAGGAACAGUGGUCAUGAACCAUCCCCCUCAGAGUGUGUACCAGCAGGUCAUUGAGAAGACAAAGGGUGCAUUCUUCCGCACACAGGUGUUGAGCGCCGCGGUGGCGAAAUGA